CCGGGAGCCACUGGACGCCGGGCGCAGCCCUCCUCGCUCCCGGGCAGCUGCAGCCGCUGGUUGGCGCUGAGGCGUCCAGACCCCAGGCCCCGGCUCCCAGCACAGAAGGAUGAGGGGGGAGAAUGUCACCAAGGUCAGCACGUUCGUGCUGGUGGGCUUCCCCACGGCGCCCUGGCUGCAGUAUGUGCUCUUCCUCCUCUUCCUGCUCACCUACCUCUUUGUCCUGGUGGAGAACCUGGCCAUCAUCCUCACCGUCUGGGGCAGCACCUCCCUCCACAGGCCCAUGUACUACUUUCUGGGCUCCCUGUCAUCCUUGGAGAUCUGGUAUGUGUGUAACAUCAUACCCAAGAUGCUGGACGGCUUCCUCCUGCAGCGGAAACGCAUCUCUUUCGUCGGGUGCAUGACGCAGCUCUACUUCUUCAUCUCCCUGGUGUGCACGGAGUGUGUGCUGCUGGCCUCCAUGGGCUACGACCGCUACGUGGCCAUCUGCUACCCGCUGCGCUACCACGUUAUCAUGACCACGAGGCUGUGCGUCCAGCUGGUGGUCUUCUCCUUUGUGAGUGGCUUCACCGUCUCCGUGAUCAAGGUCUACUUUAUCUCCAGCGCCACGUUCUGUGGCUCCAAUGUCCUGAACCACUUCUUCUGUGACAUUUCCCCCAUCCUCAAGCUGGCCUGCACGGACUUCUCCACGGCAGAGCUGGUGGAUUUCGUCCUGGGCUUCAUCAUCCUGGUGUUCCCUUUCCUGGCCACCGUGCUGUCCUACGGGCGCAUCACCCUGGCUGUCCUGCGCAUCCCCUCAGCCACCGGCCGUUGGAGAGCCUUCUCCACCUGCGCCUCUCACCUCACUGUGGUUGCCAUCUUCUAUACGGCCAUGAUCUUCAUAUACGUCCGGCCCCAGGCCAUCGAUACACGGAGCUCUAACAAGCUCAUCUCUGCUGUGUACACUGUCCUCACCCCCAUCCUGAACCCCUUGAUCUACUGUCUGAGGAACAAGGAAUUUAAGGAUGCCUUGAAAAAGGCCUUGGGCUGGGGUCGAGCCUCACAGUAGGACCAUGAAGCCACGUAGAAUGUGGUUCGUGGUGGUAAAACAGCAUCACACGUGGCACUUUGUACUCUUAAUUAAUUUUUAAAUGUAAUUAUAACAAACCACAAAACUGCACAAUGCCGAGCCUUCUUCUGGAUGUGUUUUCACUAAAGGACUGGCCAGAGCAAGGAGCUUCCCUCAGGUCUUUCCGUCACUGUCCCUGCGCCGGAAGAACCGUUAUCCUGACUUUCAGAGCUGGUUUUUGAGGGUUUUAUGAAUGUAAUCACGGAGUUUUUACCCACAACAUUCAGCCUCUUUCCCUCACCACGAUGCUUGGGUGAAUCCUGGAUGGGUUUGCAGGCAGCAGCAGUUCGAGCAUUCUCACUGCCGUGGGAUACUUGCGUAUUUCAGGAUGCAUUUAUGCGUUUUAUUGUGUGGACAGUAGGUGGCGACUCUCUAUUACGAAUAAUGCUGCUAUAAGCGUCCUAGUUUACAUCUUUUGAUUAAUAUGCACACAGUUUUGUGGGCUGGGCCUAUGUGCACACGGCUAUACCAGCUUAUAAUCACGGCAAGGUAAUGGAUGUGUGCGGUCGGGCUUAGCAGAAAAUGGAAAGAUGUUUUCCAAAGUGAGCGUGCCGGUUUUCAUUCCCUCUAGCAAUAUCUGAGAAUUCCAGUAGCUCCAUCUCCUGACCAACACUUGUAAGUCUUACAAAUGUUUUCCAAUUUGUCUGCCCUGCUCGGGUUGUAAGGGCAGCUCACUGGGACUCUAAUAGGCACGCCUCCCAUGACGGGUGAUGCUGGGCAACUUUUCAACAUUUAGUGGCUUGAUGCCCUUUCUGAAGGGCCCAUUCAAGUCUUCUCAUUAUUUUUAUAUGGAGUCUCUUUCUAUUUUUAACUCACAGGAGUUCUCAUACA